GGGCAGCUCCUGCCUGAACUGACGUUGUGUCUCCCCGCAGAGUACAGCCGCUUCGAGUCAAAGAUCCACGACUUGAGAGAGCAGAUGAUGAACAGCAGCAUGAGCUCCGGCUCUGGCUCGCUCCGGACAAGCGAGAAGAGAUCUCUCUACGUCCGAGCCCUGUUUGACUAUGACAGGACCCGGGACAGUUGCUUGCCCAGCCAGGGGCUCAGCUUCUCCUACGGGGACAUUCUCCAUGUCAUCAACGCCUCUGAUGAUGAGUGGUGGCAAGCCAGGCUUGUGACGCCCCAUGGCGAGAGCGAGCAGAUUGGAGUCAUCCCCAGCAAGAAAAGGGUGGAAAAGAAGGAGAGAGCGCGGUUGAAAACAGUGAAGUUCCACGCCAGGACUGGCAUGAUAGAGUCCAACAGGUCGAUCAAAACGAAACGUAAAAAGAGUUUCCGCCUCUCUCGAAAGUUUCCAUUUUACAAGAGCAAAGAGAACCUGGCCCAGGAGAGCAGCGGACAGGAACGUAAGCUCAACGGGCCUGGCCUCAGCAGUCUGGCCUUGGCAGAGGCUGAGCUGUGGGACCGUCACGGCAGGGGCUGGCUUGUGGCCAGAAGCAACGGCAGGGUCAGCUUCCCUGAGUGCAAAUUUGGUCUCAGGUUGUGGCUUUUGUUUGCAGUUCACUAUGCGAGACCAGUGAUCAUCCUGGGGCCAACGAAGGACCGGAUUAACGAUGACCUCAUCUCUGAGUUUCCACAUAAGUUUGGUUCCUGCGUGCCGCACACUACCAGGCCUCGGCGUGAGAACGAGGUGGACGGACAAGACUACCACUUCGUCGUAUCCCGGGAACAGAUGGAGAAGGAUAUUCAGGACAAUAAGUUCAUAGAGGCCGGGCAGUUCAAUGACAAUCUUUACGGGACCAGCAUUCAGUCAGUGCGGGCAGUGGCAGAGAGGGGGAAGCACUGCAUCCUGGAUGUAUCUGGCAAUGCUAUCAAGAGGUUGCAACAAGCACAACUUUAUCCCAUUGCCAUUUUCAUCAAACCAAAAUCCAUUGAAGCGCUCAUGGAGAUGAACCGGAGACAGACAUACGAACAGGCCAACAAGGUCUUCGACAAAGCCAUGAAACUCGAGCAAGAGUUUGGAGAGUAUUUUACAGCCAUCGUACAAGGAGACUCUCUCGAAGAGAUCUACAGCAAAAUCAAACAGAUCAUUGAGGACCAGUCCGGGCACUACAUCUGGGUCCCGUCCCCUGAGAAACUCUGAAGAUGUCCCUCAUCUGCUUCCCUAUGAGCAGAAGAUCUCUGAAGUCCCACCCCACCCAAGCCCUCUGCCCCAAGGGGGGGGAUGUGAAAACUAUUCCUGCCCCUUUUUUAGAUCGUCGCAAAAUUGAGUUUUCUAGUCCUGUUUCUUUUGUUGGGAUGAACUGAGCUCAUUCAUCACGUGACUGUUCCCACCAUUCCUGCAUGGACCUUCCCAUUGCUCCAUUAGAGACAGAUGAGAACCCAUUCAAGAGUCGUUUUUUAUUAUUAUUAUUAUUAUUAUUAUUAACUAAACCAAGAAUCAAGAUGGGAGGCAGCAGCUAAGGACUAAUGUAAGAAACAAGUGACACAGCGGACUCUGAGAACACGAGCCAGCAGCAGAGCUCCAGGGGCAUUUUUCCAAGCGUGACUGUCUAGCAGCUCUGAACAGCGCAACAGAAAGGCAGCAGAAAGCAUUUUAUUUAUCUGUAUAUGUAAUUUAUAUAUAAUAGAGAGAUA